GUUCGUGGGGAGAUCGGCAGCGCACGCGCGCGGCUGCUUCAGCGGCAUCCGGAGUUGAACGCGCGCACACGCGGUCGCGUUGCUUCUCCGCCACCGCUUCUCAGCUGUGCCGUUCCUCUCUGCUGUUCACACCCAGUUGCUGGUGUUCUUGCACUUUCAGAAGGGGUAUGCGAUAUCGACGCGCUGUGCGAGCCGGGUUAGCGGCUCAGCGCUGCCUAUACACCGCUCUCGUGGGAAGUGCCACGCCACGUGAUUGCCGGCUGUGACUCGUUCUCGCGCGCUGCCUGCCUGCUUUUCCUCGGACUCGUUCUCAGCCGAGUUUACUUCCGCCUAGUAGUCAACCAGUGUGGAUUUACGCUUGUCGUGUGUGCUUAAAAAACACAUAGAACAACUUUAAAGAAGACAGGAAAGGAAAGAGAGAUAGCAUAUGUUUGGAGGCAUGAUUGCGACGCCUCCGGCAUCGCGGACGGCCUCGCUGGGGCUUUGGUGGUGCCUGUGGUGGCACGCGCGGUGCCUUGUCAGCGUGGGACUGGUCCAUGCGGCGUGGACUACUGGAGGUAACAAGAGCGCCGUGCAUCACUAUGGCAGAGCCUUCGGGAGAGAAAACAGCUACCUUGCUUCACUUUACAGCUCUUCCAAAGAUCACGACGUUCUUCCGGAAUUCGCCGAGCCUGUGCCAAACGUGACAGCAAUCGUGGGCCGCAGUGUGAAGUUACCCUGUGUGGUCAACAAUUUGGGCCACUACAGGGUUGCGUGGCUGCGAGUGGAGAGCAAGACUAUCCUGACCAUCCACAAAAGUGUCAUCACGCAGAACUACCGCGUCCACCUGAGUCCCUCGGACCGUACCUGGCUACUGGUCAUCGACAGCGUCCAAGAGUCGGACCGCGGGGGCUACAUGUGCCAGGUCAACACGGUGCCCAUGCACAGUCAAGUCGGAUACCUUGAUGUGCUCGUGCCCCCGGACAUCGUGGGCAGCGAGAGCAGCUCUGACGUGCUGGUGCGCGAGGGUUCCAACGUGACGCUGUCUUGCCGAGCCAAGGGCUACCCGGCGCCCCGCAUCACCUGGCGACGGGAGGACGGGACACCCAUCGCCGUCGGAAACUGGCAGGAGCAGCUGGGGUCGACCGCCACCGACAAUGUGUCCUAUGAAGGCGAAGAGCUGAGCAUCACCAAAGUCAGCCGCCUCCACAUGGGACCCUAUCUCUGCAUCGCCUCCAAUGGCGUCCCGUCUCCCGUCAGCAGGAGGAUUCUCCUACAAGUACACUUUCCGCCUAUGAUCUGGAUUCCCAACCAACUGAUUGGAGCUCCGCUUGGCGGCGAAGUUGUCAUGGACUGCAAUACGGAGGCGUUCCCGAUGUCCAUCAACUACUGGACCCUGGAGAGUGGCGACCUCAUCGCCGAGUCGGCAAAGUACUCGCUCAACCGCACGGAGAACGUGUACAAAGUGCACAUGCGACUUCGUAUUCGCCGCAUUGUUCCGGAGGAUUUCGGCGCCUACCGAUGCUUUGCGAAGAACUCGCUGGGCUCCACGGAGGGAUCCAUUCGCCUCUACGAGAUUCACAUACCGCCGCCUCCGAAGGUGAAGGAACCGUCAACAGCGAGGAUACAAAGUAUUGAAGAAAGCAAAAUGGAGGUUCCUCGGGAUUCGAUAACCAAGCAGCGCAGCUAUCCUGCAAGACCACCGCUCACCGGGUCACCGGCCAAAGCACAGGGCAAGUGUUUUAAUUCUGGUCUCUAUUAUCAUGAUUGA